GUUCUUCUUUCUUUCCCCCCUCCCUUUGAAAGACUACGAAAAGGCUUCCUAUCCGUAGUGCUUGCCAUGAGCUGGGAAGCUCUAGGCUUAAGGCUCGAGCCCAUUGAGCUGACUUACUCUCCGCGCCGAUCCAACUUGAGUUUGUCUAAACUUGGCUCAGGUUAUGAGAAGUCGAGGAUUGGGAAAUUAAGUUAAAUGCAUAGGAGAACUGCAAAUAAAGGACGAUCAGGUCUUCUACGAAAAUACAGCCUACAAUUCAUUUCCUUUUUUCCCCUCUUUACAUUUUCUACUUUAAAUACCAUUUUCUCUCCUCAGAUUUCUACGGCUCCAGCCAGCUCAGGCUCGAGCUUCAUAAGAAUUCUCAAGCACCUCGAGUCCAUUUCCUUGCGAGUCAAGCCGGCUCGAGUCCACCAUGAUAGAGUAUGGUUCGACUCGAGCCGGCACCUGACAAACACUACCUAUCCAUUUUGAGUCUUUGAGAAUAUAGGUCCCUCCCCUGGGCGGUGAAGGAGUUUGCUAGUUCCUCCACGACUAGCAUUCGUCUUAUACCGUACGAACUCGAAUAAUUGAACCUCACUCUAAGACGUCCGAAAGCUCCUCUCCCCCGGAUAAGGGGUGAAAACACUGCGAAACGUGACCCCCGGGGCCCCAGUUUAAGACUGGGAAAAAGUAAUGGAAUAGCCUCACCUUACCAGCAAAGGCAACUCCAAUGUCCCAGCUCCAGGUUCAAUUAUCCGAGUAAUACGCAGGACCAGAUAACAGAGCUGGACCAGCGGAUUCUUGGACAGUCGAAGGGAGUUGGGAGCCUUGAUAACGAGGGUGGAGACGGGUCUUCGCGAAUCGAGAACCCGAUUACUUCCAUCCAAUGGCAGAUUAGAUGGAAGUAUGGCUUCACCUCGAGUAAUGCCGAUAUAUCUGUCACGUGCCUUAUCUGGAUACAUUGCACAAGGAGGUUCAACCAGAGCCGAGAGUCUUUCGCUUGAGAGAGAACUUCCUACAAACAACACAAUUGGUGUUGACAACUCUGCUAGGACACCGGAAAAACACAGAGCCAUAUUGGGAAGAUACAAGGUGACCUAGGAACCGUGAAUUGGUCUGUACUCAGGACCUCACGCUCACGCUGAUUGGGGCGAUAGUAUCGCCACUUGAGGAAGAGACCGAUAAACUCCUCCGGACACCAUAAAUUACAUUAGCCAGGUCACCAUUGAGCGACUGAAGCCUAGUUUUCCGAAGACCGGAGGACAAAAUACGCACUAAAAGGUCCUGAAACUCGGGAACGAACGACGAGACGCCAGUGGUCUUGAGGGAGGGGUGAGUGACCCAAAAAAGGCUUCUUAA